UAACAUAUUAUUCUUUAUUAAAUUAUUGCCUAAAUUGGCGAAUAAUUAGUUAAUACAUAGAACUAAAUAUGAAAGCUAGAUAUCUCACAUUCUUUUCUUAUAUAGGCACUAAAUUUAGAUCCUCUGAAAAAAUAUGGCUUAAAGGUGGUAAAAACUAUCCCGAUCCUGAAAGUAUACAGGGUCUCAUGGAAAUAGGGCUCUUAAAAUUGAGACCAUUGAAUUAUCCUAACCUUACUUUAUCUAGCCGUACAGAUGGAGGAGUGCAUGCGCUCAAUUCCAGUGCACAUUUUGAUUUGGAGAGAUACGGCACUAAUGUUUACGAUCCUGAAUACAUUACGUAUCAAUUAAACAAAUUUUUCUUAAAAAAUGAAACAAGCAUAUCUGUGAAGAAGUGCCUCAGAGUAUCAGAUCAAUUCAGUGCAAGAUUUAAUGCAGUAUCAAGAACGUAUUUAUAUAGAUUAGCAGUGCUCAAACCUGACAUUGAACUUCCUGAAUCAAGUAUAAUUUCAUCAUAUAUGCCCAUAGAAGAAUGGAAAAGGUGCCAUUAUAUUAGACUUCCAGGUUUUGACAUUGAAAAGUUUAAGGCAGGUGCAAAAUAUCUUGUUGGCUAUCAUGAUUUCACUACAUUUAAGAAAUUUGACAAGUUGACAUCACACAAACAAAACCGUAGAUUCAUACAGUCUUUUGAAGUGAAGCCGGGACAACCAUUAGUCACGAGCUACUCUAGUACACAGGAUAGUGUAUUUGAUUAUUGGGAUAUUGAGAUCAAAGGGAGAUCUUUCGUUCAUAAUCAGAUUCGUCGUAUGGUGGCAACAUUAAUAAGUGUUGCAAUAGGAAAAAUUCCUCCAGAAGAAAUAAAGGUGAUGUUACAAGUCCCAUCGAAACACUCCUGGCACACAUUCAUACAGAACUGUCCUCCUGAUGGACUCUAUCUCUGCAAUGUUGAAUACAAUCCUGAGGAUUUAGUUUACGAGAAAGAAAAUAUUGUGGACGAAUCAAAUACAGAAGAAAGUGAUACUGAUAAGAAAUGA